GUUAUACUGUGGUAGCAUUGCACGCAUAUAAUCCAUCAUAAUUCUGCGUUCAGUUGACUUACUACAGUGCUAUCGCAAAAAUGGGCGCCCCACCAUGGCGUCACGUUCAGACAUCCGAGGUUGCGAGCAGAACUCACAAUCACAUUCAGUCUAGGCUCGUAUACCUAGGUUAACUGCCCCUAUACCUUAUCAACCUGUUCAACCCAUCUUAUCCACCAACUCAUCCCUCAUUACAACCACCACACCACCACCACUACUCCGUACGAAGAAGAACAUCACCACCAUGACCGACCCCAACAAAGGCACCAAGCUGACCCUCUACUGGCUCUCCCAAUCCCGCUCCCACCGGAUCCUCUUCCUCCUCGAAGCCCUCCACCUAACCUACGACCUGAAAAUCUACCACCGCGGGCCCGACAAGCUCGCCCCUCCGGAACUAAAAUCCAUCCAUCCAUUAGGAAAAUCCCCGCUGCUCACCGUCCACGCCCCCAACUCCACCGAGCCCAUGGUCCUGGCCGAAUCCGGCGUGAUUAUUGAAUACCUCCUCGACCACUUCGGGUCGAACGCCAGUACACCACUGAUCCCGGAGCGGUAUAAGUCUGGCCAGGAGGGGGUCGUGGGCGGCGAGACGGAGGAAUGGAUGCGGUAUCGGUAUUAUAUGCAUUAUGCGGAGGGGAGUCUCAUGCCGUUUUUGGUGAUGCAGUUGGUUGUGGAUACGGUGAAAAACCCCCCCGGCAUGCCCUUCUUCAUCAAACCCCUGCCUCGUCUCGUGGCAGGCCAAAUCGAAUCCGCCUUCCUCACGCGCAACAUCACCGCGCAUCUAGAGUUCCUGGAACAACAACUCAGUUCCAGUCCCGGUGGGGGCAAAUAUAUCUGCGGGACGGAGUUGACGGCCGCGGAUAUUAUGAUGAGUUUUCCGGUGAUUGCCAUGGCGGGGAGGGUGGAUUUGAAGACGUUUCCGUUGCUGAAGGGGUAUGCGGAGCGGUUGCAGGGGGAGGAGGCGUAUGUGAGGGCGGUGAGGAAGGUGGAGGAGGUGGAUGGGGGGUUUGAGGCUUCUUUGUGA